GUCUUUGUCGGUUUUUCUUCACUGGUGUGAUUCUGUUUGAAAGAUGGCAUCAAGGCCACAGACACGAUCGAAGAACGGCUGCUUCACGUGUCGGAGGCGGAAAAAGAAAUGCGACGAGUCGUCCUACCCAUCCUGCAAGAAUUGUAUCUCCAACAAACUGGAGUGCAGCUGGCCGGCCCAUGUUGUAAAUGCACACAAAAGUGAACAAGAUGAAGAUAUAUCAACCUCAGAUAUCGUCUCACCUCAAAAAGCACUGAAUCUUUCUGCAUCGGGGGAGCUCAAGAUGACCAGUCUACCUUGGAAUUCACUUGUUCCGGACAAAAUCUCGAAGCCAGGAAAGAGAGAUAAGAACUAUAUCUUGCAAAGAAUUUCCAUGCAACAGGAUUGCGUGGAAGAGCAAGACGAGAUACCCGAUAUAAUGGACUCAACAAAGUCUGUGGCAAAAUUGUACAAAUUGACUCCAAUUUCGCUGAUAAGAGAUCGAAUUGCCAAUCAGUUAGACAUCCCUGGAGAUGAGAUCAAAGAGAAUUUCCAGGGCAAUACUGAUCUGUGAUUGCAAAAGCUUUGAUCAAGGCCAAACUUCGUAAUAUGUGGCAUUGUUUCGAAAUGGUGAAAGUAAAAUAAAAACAACAAUAAACGGUAUGCACAUAUCGCGCGCACGGUAAAUGAACCUCUGCUCAAGCAAAAUGUCAUGCCUGCUUUGCAGCCCGCGUAUGGCGAAUAAUAUUUAUUUUUCGGAAAGCUUAAUAUUUUCAGCUGUUAUCCAAGCUUGUCUGGAGGUCUAUCAAUUUAGCAGAUCUGAAUUUUGAUGUUCAGGAUGUUUGGAAUCCCGUGUGCUGAAACGGAACCUCAAUCGGCACUCUCGCUUCUCAGGGCGUUAGACGUGGAUUUUUCAAAAAAAGAAUGACAUUGAGUGAAUGAUUGAGAAUCAGCUGAUCACAUUUUUCUCAGUUAAUCGAAAAAGGUGGGGUUUCUUCUUUUGUAUUUUGGUCUCAUAAUUGUCUCCCAAG